UUGAAGUCAUUUUUCAAUCAUUUUCCCUGACAGUCGCACCACGCAGUCGAAUAACAACAGACAGACAGCAGCUGUGAAAUCCUAGUAUAAUAGUGAUGGUGUGAAAGGCAAAUGCAACUCCACAGAUUAGUGCAAGUUGCAAUAUCUGUUAAAAACUACGUAAAAAACUCGGAACAUAGGUAAAAAAAACUUGGUGACAACAACUGGUAUCUUGUCGUCUCGCUCGCACCUCCGCACUUCCGCGUCUUCGGAGUUCGGGUCCGCUCCGUCGCGCAACUGCAAUAUUGACAUUUGACAUUUGACUGUGUUACAUAAAUCGGAAUGUGAAAGUUUUGUGUGUUUUUAGAACACUGAAUGGUGGUGGUAUUGUAAACUGAUUAGAGAAAAUGUCAUCAUUGAAAAUGAUGAUAAGCCGCGCCGCCGCCAGUCGACUUGCAACCGGCGCGGGGAAGCCAGUGGAUUCUGUGGAGUUAGUGCUGUCUCGGAACAUUUUCACCAGCGUAAGAACCAUGUCGAAGGCACUCACGGUGGACAACAUCAACCCGAACAUUGUAAGACUGGAAUAUGCGGUCCGCGGGCCCCUGGUCAUCAGGGCGACGGAGAUAAUGAAGGAGCUGGAAAAGGGAGCACAGAAGCCUUUCAAGAAGGUGAUCAGGGCGAACAUCGGAGAUGCGCACGCCAUGGGACAACGUCCCAUCACAUUUAUUAGACAGGUUCUGGCGUGUGUGUCUCUGCCCGAGCUGAUCGACAAGGGCGAUUUCCCCGCCGACGUCAAACAACGAGCCAAAGAAAUCCUUGACGCUUGUGGGGGUGGUUCAGUGGGCUCGUACUCGGCGUCGCACGGCAUCGAGCUGAUCCGUCGCAACGUGGCGGAGUACAUCCAGCGCAGGGACGGGCAUCCCUCCGACUGGAACAACGUGUGCCUCUCCGCGGGAGCCUCCUCCGCCAUCAAGAGCGUGCUGCAGCUCUUCUGCAACAAUCUGGGCGGCAAGACAUCGGGAGUGAUGGUGCCCAUCCCCCAGUACCCGCUGUACUCGGCUUCGCUGGCGGAGUACGGGCUGCAGUUAGUGAGCUACUACCUGGACGAGGCCACCAACUGGGGCUUGAGUGUGGACGAGCUGGAGCGUGCCAGGAGCGAGGCGCAGAAGAACGCCAACGUCCGCGCGCUCGUCGUCAUCAACCCUGGCAACCCCACUGGACAGGUGCUGACUCGUGACAACAUCGAAUCCAUCAUCAAGUUCGCGCACAAACACAAACUGUUCAUUUUCGCGGAUGAAGUGUACCAGGACAACGUCUACGCUAAGGGCAGCAAGUUCUACUCCUUCAAAAAGGUCAUGACAGAGAUGGGUUCACCCUACAACCAGACAGAACUGGCGUCGUUCAUGUCCGUGAGCAAAGGGUACAUGGGCGAGUGUGGGUUGAGGGGAGGCUGGAUGGAGCUGAUGAAUAUGGAGCCAGGAGUGCAGGCCAACUUGUACAAGUGUAUAUCCGCGAUGCUGUGCCCCACUGUGCUGGGACAGACCGCCGUUGACUGUGUCGCUAAACCCCCGAAGGAAGGUGAACCAUCGUAUCCCCUAUGGCUCAAGGAAAAGACUGCAGUACUGGAGUCCCUCAACAAGCGAGCACAGAUGAUCGCCGACACCUUCAACCAGAUGGAGGGUUUCCAGUGCAACAUUGUGCAGGGUGCGAUGUACGCGUUCCCGAAGAUAGAUCUGCCGCAGAAAGCUAUCGAUGCAGCUAAAAAGGCGGGACAGCAACCGGAUGUGUUCUACGCGUCACGACUGUUGGAGGAGACUGGCAUCAGCAUAGUCCCAGGCAGCGGCUUCGGGCAGUACCCGGGCACCUACCACUUCCGCACCACCAUCCUGCCGCAGCCCGCGCUGCUGCAGGAGAUGCUGGACAGCUUCAAGACCUUCCACUCCAAGUUCACCAAGGAGUUCUCGUAAACACCACGGGACGAGGUUCUAGCUAAAUGUUACCAAGCGAACAACAACUAGGUUAAUUUUUCACAACUGGACAGAUUUUUCAAUAGCCAAGUACAGUGUGCUUAUACUUUAUCCACGGAGAAAAGUUAGUAUGGGACUUUCUCUGUUACUUAAUUCCAUUUUUUUUUUUAAUUCUCAUUUAUCUCUAAAUGAGAAUAAUAAAAAUAAAAACUAUUGCGACCAUGUGGCUCCAUACAAAUGCAAAGCCAAAAAACCCAGUGGGCGCUAAUCAUUCAUAAACCAAUCGUGAAACUGUUUUCUGUAAACUAACUAUAUUAUUAAGAACAUUCGAAAUUCAAUUCGAAAUUUCGUUUGUUAUUGGUUGGUGACUCAAAAUGGUUAACGCUCAAUGAGUUUUUGUCUUUGUCGUUUGCAGGAGAUUGCGUAAAAGAGAGCCCUAUACUAACCUUUCUCCGUGGAUAGAGUAUAAGAUUUCAAAUUACACCAACAUUGAUAGAAGUCGAAACACUUUGGCGUAAAAGUGAAAUAAACCUUAACUGCAUUAUUUGAAAGUUCAAGUUCGUCCAUACGUCAUGUACAGCUCACGUCGUGCUCUGAGAUAUGUUGCUAAAAUAAAAUCGGUGGUGCUGAAUUUUGGAAUUUAAAUCAAGGAUAUUUAGGUCCAUUUUACUCUAUCGUUAAUGUGUUUCGAUCUAGGAUUUAUCAACGUUGGUUGAGAUGAAAAAUCUAGCACUUUUCUAAAUUGCAUCGGCAAAACUCGUUUGCGCAGAAAAGCGAAUGCCGCGAAUGUUCGAACAUUUCUAUUCAAUUAUUUUCCGAAGUUUAUUUAAUUAUUAUAAGUAUAAUUAUUAUUUUAUUGUUAUUAAUAUUAUACUCUGGUUUCAAAUCGUAAGAUCUUGAAUUUUGUGUAAUAUUUUAACUCUUAAGUUUGUAUAAUAAAAACGAUUAAUGAUUUGUGGAUGACAUUAUUGUUAAAACAUAACUGUCUGAAUAUUUCUGGAUUCUGAUUUGUAUAUAAAUGUAUUGUAUAAUAUUAUUUUGUCUGUAAUUAUAUCAUUUAGUUGUUUAUUAGUCUUCUUGUAUAAUUUACAAAUAAUACGAAGUCAACUAGUCUCAGGCAGUGCCAUUUUAUUUUGAUUCGCACAAAACGAGUAUUUUAUGUUUUAUUCUGGUGAAACAAACUCUGGUUAUUAUCUAAAAGUUAUGUUACGUACAAUAUUAUAAUUUUAAGGUAUAUUUUGUUGAAAUAUGUUUAAAUUAAUUAUUGUUUAUGAAUUUCUAGUGAAUUUGUUUAUUGUUGUGACGUAAUGAUGUGACUUCUGGGGGUAAAGAUUGGUACCUAAGGGCCAAAAAAUUCAGUACUGCCAUCCCAUUAUUACGUCACUGAUAUUAGAAAAACAAAAUGUGAUAUAACUAAAAUUAUCAUUGGGUGCAUUUAAGAAUGCAAAAUCUACUUAUAAUUAAUUAUCUUACAUUUAAUUUGAUUGGAUCACAAUAUCGUGAUAAUAUAAUAUGUAAAUAAUUUAUUGCCUACUAUAUAUUAUUAUUAUAGUUUGCUCAUGCCCUGAGGUUGUUAGACAUUCCCGAAACGAUUUGUUGGAGAGAUUAUACAGACCCUAGACGCCGUUGAGUAUUGUUGAAAUAAAUGAUUUUAAAAAAUG